CCAGUUUAUUUCCUGAGCUCAGUCUCUCUCUAUCGCAGCCGUGAACGCAUCUCCUCUGUCACCGCUGCACAGCAUCACGCUUUCUCCUCCGUGUGUCCCGCCUAUCAUCUGGCGUUUCAUCCAAUCACGCCAUCUCAUCGCUUUGGGCGCCUCGCGGUGGAGUCCGUGCCAACGUCUGAAAUUGAAUCCAAUUGGACUGUGACAGUGCGGCUCAUGGAGGACCAUCGCGCUCGUCUCGGUGGGAUGGCAUCCGAUGACGGGUUACACGGUGGAAGGCUCGUGUUAUGGUUUUAAUCACAGUGAAAGUAAAAUGGCUGAUGAGCUCUGCAAUGCAUCUGCCAAGGGAGAUCUAUCUAAGGUUUUGCUUUUGCUGCAACGUGGAGCAGCUGUUAAUGGAUUAAAUAAGUACAACAGAACUGCACUGCAGGUGGUGAUGUUGGGGCACACCCUGGCGGUCGAGACUCUUCUCCAGGCGGGAGCAGACCCCAACAGACCUGACCCGGCGUGCGGUCUCACCGUGACGCACGACGCCGCACGCGAAGGAUUCAUAGAUUCUGUGCGCGUGCUGUUGAAACACAAGGCACAGGUGAACCUCCCGGAUGUGAAAGGAAACCUGCCGCUGCACCUGGCUGCCAGGGAGGGUCACCUGGAGGUGGUCCGGCUGCUGACUGAGCACACCGAUGACUGCCAAGCACCCAACGGUGCCGGAGACACCCCCAGGCAGCUCGCGCUCCAGCGCGAGAAGGUGGACGUCGUCCAAUACCUGGACGAGUGUUUGAGCUCACGCUAGAAGAGGAGGCGGGUGAAGAUGAGACCGUCUUAUGCUUCUGCAUUUCUGCCUGUCUUUUUUAAAAAAAAAAGAAAUGUGCUCACUAAGUCAGCUGCAGUCAGACAGACGGUGGGAACUUCAUGUUUAUAAGUUGCAUUACUGGGAUACCAGAAAACAAUAAAUACAAUAAUAUUGAUUGA